GAGAGGAAGUCAAGUAGUAUACGGAUGAAGGAUCUAAUCUUUGAUCACGGGGAGAGUAGGCUACUCCUAUAGAUGGGCCAAGUAGCUAGAGGCUAAUGACAAGUUUAGUAGCAUAUGCUUGUUGUUGCCUUAUUAUUACACUUCUCUCUCUUGGUACUGAGUCAUAGGCUUUAUUUAUAUCGAUAUGUAAAUAGAAGUGUGUGAGGGAGGUUUCAAAGCUGGACUGUGGGAGGCAGAACAACAGUCUUUUAAGCCUGGACCUCUGAGGACUGUGCAUCUUGGCUGCUAGUUUUGAUUAUUUUUCUACACCAACUCUUCGGUGCAAUCACCCUGGAAAUCCACUGGGCUCUAAGAUCAUCUGCCUGUGAAUUAAUUACCACCCUGCAAUCAACAGAACAUAACAGAGCCAAACCUGAUAUGACAGGAUGAAAAACAUCUGAAGGGAAUAAAGGCUGACAACCUGGAAAAGCUGACACAACAUUGGGUAAACAAAAGAGGAUUUGUUUUUGCAGUCUUCGGCAAAGUGAUGUAUAUCCGACUGCUUCACCUAGCGACUCUGCUCCUCCUGGCGUCCGACCCCAGGCAUGCUCAGAGGAUCACCUCGGAUUUAGCCAUGAUGCAGUACUUCCAGGCCAGGCUGAUACAGCUGGAGGAGCGGCUGAUCAGGUGUGAGCAGAACAUACAGGUGUAUGGGCAGAAGAUCUAUGACUUGAGUAAUGAGAUACAUGGCGAGGUGAACCGCAUAACAGCCCAUAAGUCUGAGGUGAGGAUCCACGUGGAGAGUGUGGCGUUGCGGGUAGGCCGGCUGGAGAGGGACAUGGAGUACUUGCAGACCAGGGUCCCUGACGAGCCUCAGGUGCACAUAGAGGAGGCUCUGCUGGAUCAACAGCUCAAAGAGGCCCGGAAGCUUAGGGAGAAGGCUAAAGUCAACAUUGGGACAGAUUGUCGCACAGUUCUUACAGGUGUCGAUUCCAUGAAGAUUGUGAAGAAAACUGGCGAUAUCUAUGGGGCCUGGUUGAGGGACCUGACUGAAGGCUCAGCAAAAGUCUACUACUUUGACGGCACAAAAAAUAACACCAUGGUCGAGUAUCCCUCUGUGAAGACCUUUCGUGAGAGCAACUCCAACCAGAAUGCCAACCCCAUCAAACUCCCUUUCCCAUGGCAGGGGACUGGCCAUGUAGUCUACCGUGGCUUUGUGUACUACCACCAAGCAGACACGACUAACAGGAUUGUCAAGGUCCAUCUCCUCAACCGUACAGUGAGUGACAGCAUUCUACUGCCGGGGGCUCGUCACCUUCCUGCCUACGCGCUCUCCCCGCACACGUUCGUACACCUGGUAGUGGACGAGAUUGGGCUUUGGAGCAUUCACGCCGACCCUGAUCUUGAAGGGAACUUGGUGAUCACAAAACUGGACGUGGCCACCCUGCACGUGGAGCACUCCUGGGACACGCCCUGCGAGAGUCGGGAUGCCGAGGGCGCGUUCGUGAUCUGCGGGACCAUGUAUGUGGUGUACAACUCCCAUCACGGUGGACGCUCCAGCGUACGCUGCCUGUUCGACAUCCAUGACUCCAUCUUUAAUGGAGAGUCCCCUGUUCUGUUCUUUCCCAAGGGUUACACCAGCCAUGCCAGCAUGCAGUAUUACCCCAAAGACAAGCAGCUCUUCAGUUGGGAUGACGGCUACCAAACCAUUUACAAACUAGAUGUGAAGAAGAAAAAUGUGGCUAUAUCUAAUUGAAGUGAUUAGUGGCAUGAAGCUGAUAUUUAGAAUUGCAUGUUGUAGAUUCCACACAGUACAGUAUAUCCCAAAGAUCAUUCAAAUAACUGGUGUAGUAAGCAGCCAAAUCAAAUCAUUAACCUUAAGCAUGCUUUGAAUAUGAGACAUUUUUAAUAGACAUUUGCUGUCUUACUCAAAUGUAUGGAUAUCAAAGUAUUCGGACAAUGGUUUGAAAGUUUAUAAAAUGGCAGAUGCUGGCAGAUGCUGUUUAUGCCCAUGUUCAACAAUUGCUAGAGAUCUCUUUCAAUUAAUAAAAAUAUAGUCCC